AUGCAUCAAAUUUACUUGUCAGAAUUUGAUAUAUGGGUUGCUAUGGCCAAACAUGGUGACUCACCAUUGUUCAAGAAAUUAGUUGAGAUUAAAAACCUGAUUGUUAAUGUAUGUGGUAGUAGUGCUGCAGCAAUUAACCUUCUUAAUGGGUGGGAUAUGGGUCAUAACAGCUCCAAUAUGUGCUAUGAUUUUUGGAGAAACAAAGGAACUAGAGUGCCAUGGUUUAAGGAAGUCUGGAACAGUGGUAAAACUCCCAAACAUUCUUUCAUUUUGUGGUUCGACUUGAAAGGGAAGUUGCUCACUAAUGAAAACUUGAUUGGGGAUGAUGUGGAUCAUUUGUGUGAAUUAUGUAGGAAUGAUAUAGAGACCAUUGACCAUCUCUUUUUCAAGUGUUCUUUUUCUUCUAAAGUGUGGGGUUGUAUCCGAGGGUGGUUGGGAUUGCACAGAUCUAUGUCUACCUUGAAAGCCGCGGUUAAAUGGCUCCAUAAAGAGGCAAAGGGAACUGACAUCAGUUCUGUUGGGAAAAGAAUAGGCCUAACUACUACAGUUUACUUCCUAUGGCAUUUUAGGAAUAGAAGGAAACUUGAGAAUGAUGAUAUCUCCUAUGGAUCUUGUAAAGGUGGUUCAAAAACACACUUAUAG